AUAAAAUUACGAGGCAAUUCGAUUUGUUUACUUUGGCGCUAAAACUGUCUAAAUGAUAAAUUAUGACUGAAAAUUUGUCUACACAGCUCUCAAAAACAUUUUAUCCUAUAGAUGAACGUGUUGGAGCGUCUAUGAGAGUUGUAUCUGGCCAUCAAAGCAGGCAUAAACAGAAGCAUAUAGCCUUUACAAUUUCAUUAACAAAACCAACUAGUAUUCAAGUAUAUUUGAUUAAAGUUACUGAAAAAAAUGAAAUCAAAAAAGUAUUGCUUUGCAAUGUUAAGAAUAUAAGGAAAAUUGACUGCAGGGAUACAAAGACUCAACCCAGUUAUGAGUUGCAGAUUGUUACAGAAAAUAAAACAUGGGUGUUUAACGCGUCAAAGUUAGAAGAGAAACGACAGUUUAUCAGCUUAUUUUGUCGUAUAUUCGCUACACUGUUACCGCAUAUUUUCAAAGAUGUUGAGCUGGUCAAUUUUCCACAGAAUAUUAAUAUAUCACCUAUUGGACAAAAUGAAUCGUUAGAUGUCUUGUUAAUGUGUAAGGCUGAUCCUGAUGCGGAGGAUUCAUCAGUUACAGGUGGUGGUGGUACUGCUGGAGGUGGAGAUGGUGCUGGUGGCGAUGGUGAACGUCCUUCAGAUACAAAUAAAGUUGGCGAGGUUGGUUCACCACUAUCUGAUGGUUAUCGUUCAUUGACUAAACGUGAAGAAGAUGAUAUACGUCAAUUUUUAGAUGAACUUGAUAAUGAAUCAACACUGUUCAAUGCUGCUCAAUUAACAGAACGUUUACAACAACAAUUAGCACAUAUUGAAGGUACCAAUGUUCAUUCAAUUAUGGCGUCUGAAUCACAAGUAUUAAGUCUUAUGUCAACAUUGGAUAGUGCUAUUGAACGAGCGGAAUUAUUAGAGAAACAAUUAAAUAAUUAUUAUCAUUUUUUAGAGGAAGUUGAAGAUGCUAUGGCCACUCUACGUGAUCAUGAUCAAUUAAUUCAAACCACAGUUGAUAAUCGUGUAAAUCUGCUGAAAGUUUUAGAAGAAUUAAUCAAUAGUUUAAAUGUUGAUCCAAAAUAUCUACGUGUAUUAAUUGAAGGCGAUUUAAAUACCCAAGAAGGUGUGACACAGUGUAUAGAAGCAGCUGCCUAUUUAGAUCGUAUUAUGAAUUCUGGCUUCAAGCCAGGUGAAGAACAUCUUCAAGCCGUAGAAGAAAGAAUGGGAGAGUUGAGAAAUUUACGUGAUGCUUUCGCUGUGAAACUCUCCGGUUAUGUAAAUGAUACAAUGUUACGAUUUGCUAGUCAACUUGGUUUUAUCGUGAAUACUGGUGUCAAUCUACCAUCGCUGAAUGAUUCACCAACUUCGUCAACAAUAAAUGGCAAUCCUGGAAGUACUAUUACUGCCGGUGGUAGUAGCGCUACACUCGAGAAAAAGAAACACUCUUUAAUUGUCUCCAACUCGUAUCAUGUCGCCUCCGAGUUGUACGCAACACAACGUACUAAUCUCUUGCAGUUAGCACCACUUAUUGGCAAUUGGUUACAAACAAAUAGAAAAGAUUUAUAUAUUGAAAUUAAAAGGAUGUAUGUUAAAAAAUCACAAAGUUUCUUUAGACGACAAAUUCAAGAAGUAUUGAAAUUCACUCAAGAUUCUAUAACAGCUCUUGUACGUCCAAGUAAAGCUAAAGAUUCACAACGUCUUGAUAAUAUGCCAUCUGAUGUUGGCAGUGUAAUGUCAUUACAAGUUUCUGAUUCAAAUUUCCUCUCUCAAGUUGAAAAUAUAUUUGAUAAUUGUUUCGAUAAAAUUUUGACAGUAAUACGUACAGAACAGGCGUUUAUAAAUCAAUUUUUCGGCUUUAAUUUACAUCCACCAAGUGAUAAGUCGCCUAAUGCCCAAAAGGUUUAUUCAGGUGAUGAACUCCCCACCCUAUUGGACUGUAUGUUCCAGUUAUUCGAUGGUGUUGAACAAGAUGUUUUGAAUUUAGUUAUAAAUUGUGAACAACUGCUAACCAUCCUUAUUAUGCCAUUACUCAUAUCCAUAUCACGUAUUACAGAGAAUGAAACAGCACAGAAUAUCGGUGGAAUUGUUGAGAUGACUGGGGGCAAUGCAAAACAGCUACAGUCACCAUCAGCAUCAGAUAUGACCAAAGUACAAGUGACAUUUAUUGGUAAUUUUUUAUCACGACUUAUUGUUGAAACCAAGAGAGCAUUCAAUCGUCUUAUUGAACGAUUAAUUAUGUCAUUUAAAAUGAGUAAGCCAAGUCGUAAAGCUCGAUGUGGUAUUCUCACGAUUGUACGAACGUAUAUUGAAUUUGCAGAAGGUUCUAUCACUGUAUUCGCCACAAGUUCACGUCUAGUUGACUUAGAACGUGCUCAUGGUGAAUUAGUCCGCUCUUUGAUGACUGAGAUUGAUCGUGUUGCAUCAGAAAGUGUUAAAACACCUGGUGAAGUAGUUCAACUAGAAAAUUAUCAUCGACUGUGCGAUAUUCUUCGCCGACUAAAAAUGUCCGGUUUAGACGAAUAUCGUCAAGAUGCCAAAAAUCGAUACACACUAGCACUACAAGAAUAUACUAAAAAUUGUAUGGGUCGUCCUUUAGAAAAAUUAGCUAGUUUCUUUGAAAAUGUACAAAGCGCUUUAGAGGCCGGUGUAAGACCAGAAGUUGUCAGUUAUCAAUUUGCCUUUAGUAAACAAGAAUUACGUAAAGUGAUUAAAGAAUAUCCUGGAAAAGAAGUUAAACGUGGUCUAGAGAGUUUAUGUAAAAAAGUUGAAAAACAUUUAUCCGAUGAAGAGAAUUUAUUCCCUGUUGUAUGGCGUUCAAUACAAACAGAAUUUAUGACUCAAUGUUUACGUUUUAGUAAUUUAAUUCAACAAUGUUAUCCAGAUUCAGGAAUAUGCCUUGAAUUCACAGUGAAUGAUUUACAAAAUUAUUUUGCUGAAAUUGCACGUUCACGUUAACCCCCUCCCGCAAUCACAGUGUGAGUUCGAGUCCCUCAGUGUGUGUGUGUGCGUGUGAACAUGAUACCCGAUACUGGCGGUGAUCGAUUCCAACAGAUUGAGUCGCAAUACAUUGAUGAUGUCAUCUUUUCUCAUACAAUGCUUUUUGCAUGUGUGAAUUUAUUCAUUUCUUCAAAUGUUUGUCUGUACAAACGCUUACAUGGACUACUAACAGGUUGAAGAGUGCUCAUACCUAAAGCGAAAACGUAUACUUUAGCCUCAAGCCUUAUCUCUGUUAUCUGUAUGAUUGCUAACUUCUAUAGAAUUUCAUGAUGGUGAUGAUGAUGAUGACUUCAGUUAUUCUUUUGUUUUUUCUUUAAUUUCUCAUAUAUCUUAUAUAUUUUGUAUUUGAAUAAAAACAAUUGAAAGAAUCGA